AUGGCGAAGCAGUCCAGCACGAGGAUUGACCGUGCUCUGAUCUCGCGGUCGCUGCUUCUCGGCCUGGAGUCAGCAUCGCAUAAGUCACCUGACGACCCGAUCUCGGACCAUGGCUUUGCCAUCAGAGUGGCCUUCCGCUGUGGCGCUAACGCGAAGCUUGGUCCGGGUGUCUGGAGAUUUCCAUCCCACCUGCUCAACAGACCGGGGGUAAGGAAAGUGGUUGAAGCAGCGGCGAAGCAGUCAGGAGGGGACUAUGUUCUGCUACUGGCUCGACUGAAUGCGGGACUCCGCGCCUAUGCUAAGGAGGAAGGAAAGAGAGUUAAGGCGACAAUGAGACACCUGUCCGCGGCGGUGGCGAACCUAAAGCAGGCGGCCAUGGGGGCUCCCAACUGCACACGCACGAGAGAGCUCCUAAGAGCAAAGGAGAGUCAACUGCGGGAGUAUCAAGCAUCACGACGGGACAGACUCCAUCUGAUGGCUGGUUAUGGGACGGAGCUCAAGGGGGAGGUGGUCUCGAAGCACCUGUCGGCAAGGGUGAAGGCCAGGAAACAGCGCACGCGGAUAGCUGAGUUAAAUGUCAACGGCACGAUGGUGUGCGACAAGCAGGGUAUUCUAGAUGCGGCUGCCGAUUUCUUCAACGGGCUCUUCGGAACGGAUAAACGGACUCACCGAACAAGUUGGUUACCGGACCGGAGGCUGUCGGCAGAAGAGGCGGAGGGACUGGCUCAGGAUUGGUCGGAGCAGGAAGCUAAAAAUGCUUUCAAGGCGUUGGCGUGCGGUAAGUCGCCGGGCUUGGACGGGAUCCCGAAAGAGCUGUUCGAGCUGCAUUGGGACAUCCUAGGAGAGUGCUUCAUGAGCCUGGCGCGCUCCUUCGAAGCUUCUGCAUCGCUGCCUGCAAACACCAAGGAGGCGGUUACGAUCUUGCUACACAAGAAGGGCGACAAGGGCCAAAUAAGCAACUACCGGCCUAUUACGCUUUUGAACUUCACUUACAAAGUACUGGCGAAAGUGGUGGCGGACCGGAUGAAGAAGGUGCUGCACCGGGAAGCGGCGAAGAGGCAGUUGGGCAUUGUCAGUGACUCGGGGAGGAGGCUGCCUUACCUGGGUUAUGCGGACGAUACCACGCUUCUGCUGCAGGGGAGGGAGCAGAUUGCAGAGGCAGGGAAAAUGCUGGACUAUUUCGAGCGUGUUUCUGGUUUGGCCACAAACAAGGAUAAGUCGGUGGUGAUGCCGCUGGGCAGAAAUCUUGGAGGUCGUCCUUGGAGGCCGGACGGUUUCAAGUGGGCCGGUGCAAAUGAUGCGGAGAGACUGCUCGGGGUCUGGGUCACCGCCUCAGGCGACUGCAAGGCGACAUGGGACAAGACACUGCUGAGACUUCUGGGGGAAAUGGGGAAAUGGGAGCUGAAGUACCUCACGAUUACGGCGAGGGCGGUUGUCAUCAAUGGUUACAUUACCCCGAUCAUCGCCUUCCAGGCGCAGGUUUACCCGCCGCCGCAGGAGGUCUAG